AGUUUUGACCGGGGAAGACGUCCGUCUCCUGGUUUCUCUUUUCAUUCGUUCCUCAGCUCAAAUGGAGAUGAACAAUGGUGCAAUCCAGGAGAUGGAUGUAGAUCACACAAAUGAAGAGCCCGUUGAGCUGGACUUGGAGACGGCGCUGGAGGAAUGUAACGUCGCCCUGCAUCUGUUUCUGAACAACCGGUUUGCAGACGCUUUGAGUUCACUGGAGCCGCGAAAGAGCCACAGUAUGUAUCAUGCUAUGGGCUACAGCAGCAUCUUACUGAUGCAGGCUGCUAUGACCUUUGACCCCAAGGACAUGGAUGUUGCCAUGGCGUCACUGAAGGAAGCUCUGCACACCUGCCAGAGAUUUCGGAGGAAAACUGGAAUAAUGGAGAGCUUAGCCAGCUUUUGGCACGGGCAGCCUGUAGAAAAUUUGACAGAAGAGGAGAUGCACGCUGAGCUGUGCUACGCCGAGGUCCUGAUGCAGAAGGCAGCGCUGACGUUCCUGGAUGAAAGCGUCAUCGGCUUCAUCAAAGGAGGGAUGGGAAUGAGGAACAGUUAUCUCAUUUACAAGAACUGCCAGGCUAUGGAAAAUGUAACAGAAGAUGGAGAAAAGGAGAGGAGCACACAUAUUCAUUUUCGAGGUGGCGUCAACAUGGGCAUCGGAUCAUUUAAUCUGAUCCUGUCCAUGCUUCCAUCCAGAGUCCUCAGACUCAUGGAGUUUCUGGGAUUUUCUGGAGACAGGGAGUUUGGUUUGUCUCAGCUCAGAGAGGGGGCAGCCAGUAACAGCCUGCGCUCCAUCCUCAGCACCUUGACUCUGCUCAUGUUCCACCUCUACCUGAGCGUCAUUCUGGGUACCGGUGAAGGAAACCUCCCUGAGGCUGAAGCUCUGCUCAAACCGUACGCCGACAGGUUCCCCAACGGAGCACUGAUGCUCUUCUACACGGCCAGGAUCGCUGUGCUGAAAGGAAACUUCACAUCAGCUCAGGAGAAAUUUCUGGCCUGCAUAGCGACUCAGGAGGAAUGGCGUCAGAUCCACCAUCUCUGCUACUGGGAGCUGAUGUGGGCGUACUCCUUCGAGCAGAACUGGACCGAGGCGUAUCGCUACGCCGACCGCCUCUGCAAGGAGAACAAGUGGUCACAGGCCACGUAUGUGUUUCAGAAAGCCGCCAUCUUAAGCAUGCUGCCAGAGGAGGAAGUCGCCAAGACGGGAGAAAAUGUCGUGGCGCUAUUCAGGCAGGUGGACGGCCUCAGGUUAAGAAUUGCAGGAAAAUCGAUUCCGACCGAGAAGUUUGCUGCCAAGAAGGCCCAGAGAUACGAGUCGCCGAAGCCUCUGAGGCUCGUGGUUCCUGCUUUGGAAAUGAUGUACGUAUGGAACGGCUUCACGGUAGUCGGCAAGCGACCGGAGCUAACCGAAGGCAUCUUACUGACUCUGGAGGCGGCAGAAGAGCAGCUCAGGAACGAUCCAGAUCCGUCAGAGUUCCACACGGACGACGUGUGUGUGGUCCAGAUGCUGAAGGGUUUGUGUUUGACGCAGCUGGGGCGGCUGGUUCAGGCCGAGAUCUGCUUCAACUUUGUCAUUUCCAGUGAAAAGGACAUCAAGCAUGACACCUACCUGGUGCCAUUUACCAUGUAUGAACUGGGUUUACUGCACAAGCUGAACGGGGACUUUAAUUCGGCCAUCACAGUCAUUGAAAAUGCAAAGACGAACUACAGAGACUACAGCAUGGAGUCCAGGCUGCACUUCCGCAUCCAUGCAGCUCUCAACACCAUGGGCUCCUUUCAGGCCAAACUGCCUCCUUCUCGUACGCCGGCUUGAAAAACCAAAAAUGGGAGAUUGGACCUAACAUUAUUUAAAAAGCAUCUUUGUCAACUCUGAAUGUUUUCGCUUUCUUUUGUUGUUGUUGCAGCAAGUCUUAGAGUUUCACUUAUGGGUAAUUUAUACAUUUUUAAUUGUAAAAAUGUUAUUUAAUCCAGUGGACCCUUGUAUAUUUGUGGUCAGUAUUGGCGAAUUCCCCUAUUCACACAUUUUUCUGGGACUCUGAGGAAAAUUCAGCUGUUUACACAUUUUUUUUGAAGAGCAUAUCUAAAUUAUUCCAGAAAAAAAAAAAUCUUGGGAAGCUGUGAGCGAUGCUAGCUGAUACACUAUCAGGUGCUGUUUGCAAAGCAGCCAAUCCAGGAGCGCCACUAAUUUUCCUUGAUGCUGAUUGGCUGAAUCCCAAAGAGCAUAGAUAAGGAUACUAGCUUCUGCGGUAGCGCUAAAAUAGUUUCCAGUGUGUAUCAUGCAAAUGAAGGUAUAUUUGGUGUAUAUUGAAACAGGCAGCAAUGUUGAUGUAUUAUACUAACAUGUGACAGUUUACAUUCUUACUAUUUAAAUUUAAUUUUGUGAGUUAAGAGUAAGUUAUCAAUGCUUUUGACAAAUGCAUUUAUUUGUGAUUGUGUAAGGCAGUGAAGUGUUUUAAAAAUGACAAACAGGAAAAACUGUGCAGCUCUUCCUGCAUGUUGAAGUCUUUUCUUUCAGAUGAAUUAUUAUUGAGCUUGCUAAUCAAUUUAGGGCUGAAACGAUUAAUCAGAAUAAUUGCCAUGAUUCGAUUAUUGUAAUAUUGAUUAUUGUAAUUUGCUGAAAGAGUACCACAUUCAGAGCAGUGAACUUACGACGAUAUACGUACGGGUUUCAUAUCAGUCAAUAUCAAUACUUAUUGAUUAGGUUUUUUUUGUUUUAAUCAUCUGAAAAGCUGCCAAACUGAUAGUGUGACCUUUCCUGUUCCGGUUUUCACUCCACACUGUUGUGUUUUUUAUUUUUGAGCAGUCAUGAGGCACGGUGGCAAAAACUUAAACUGCUGCUGGGCGAGUUACUCAGCAGGUCGUUGCUAGGUAACCAAAGAGUGAGCGAGUUAGUUGAUGCCAC